UGAAAGCCUUUCAGUCUGCUAAUGCUUGGCUACAGCAGCUCAAACAGAAGCAGUCAUGCUCAGACUAAGCUGUAUUUUGUUACUGACCUUGAUGGCAAUUACAGCAAUGGGCCAGUUGUCAUGCCCCUCUCUUUGCCACUGCCACGGUGACUUACAACAUGUAAUCUGCUACAGUGCAGGUCUCAGGAAGAUCCCCAAGGUGUCAGAUCAAACAAAGCUGCUGAACCUCCAAAAGAACCGUUUUCCUGUGUUGCCUCCUGGUGGCUUCAGUUCCAUGACAGGGCUAGUAUCUCUGCACCUUCAGGAAUGUUAUAUCCGUGUCAUCACAAAAAAUGCUUUCAAGGGCCUCAAGAAACUUGUAUACCUUUACCUCUCCAACAAUGCCAUCAAUAUAAUCAGGGCUGGUGCUUUUGAUGACCUGGGUGAGCUUACUUAUCUCUUCCUGGAUAGCAACAAGAUUGCGGACAUACCCAAAGCACUCUUUGCUCCACUUCAGAAUCUCUUUAUUCUGCAGCUAAAUGAUAACAGGAUAAAGGAACUGAAGCCGGGAACAUUUACAGGAGCAGUAAGUCUGCGCUGGCUUCACCUAAGUAGCAAUGAGAUCAGUUCUAUUCAGCCUGGAUCCUUGGAUGAAGUAGAAAACCUGGCCAUCUUUCACUUGAAUGGAAACAAACUCAGUUCAUACCCAUUGGCUGCAAUAAGCAAAUUGCGUGUGGUUGAAGAGCUGAAGUUAUCCCACAAUCCCAUUGAAGUAAUCCCUGAUGAAGCCUUCCAGUCCUUUGGACGGUACCUGCAAGAAUUGUACUUGGGCAACAUGGGAAUACAAAAGUUUUCAGAUAAUGCAUUUAGUGGUGUUACCGCACUGAAAGCUAUACAUAUAGAGAACAACAAGUUGGAAUCCCUACCAAAUAACUUCCCGUACUCCAACCUUGAGAACAUGACCCUCUCUGACAACCCUUGGCAGUGUACGUGUCAACUCUUCCCUCUGCAAAAGUGGCUAGUGUCCAGUGUUGUUAAUCCUGAAGCAGUGUGCGCUUCACCGUCACAGUACCGUGGAAGGCAGAUCAGGGACAGCUCUGUCUUUAGUAGCUGCAAGCUUCCAACCAAGAGAGAUGGCAGUGCAACCAAGAAGAGGAAGGUCAGUCCUAGACAAUGACCCUCAAAAUCAGCAGAUGACUGACAUGGAACUUUGAACAUUUCCAGCUACACCAUUCUGUUCUUUUGCUAUCCUGUUUAUCAUGUCGAAGAACUGAUGCCAGUGGUCUGUAGAAACAUGGGAACUCAGCUGCUGACACUUCACAAAUUUAAUUUGUGCUUAUUCAACAUAUCAGAAGCUGCAAAAUAGUCUUUAAAAGAACAAAAUUACUAAAUAUUUAACCAGAAAAUUAGGCAUAAAGUUAAAAAUAUACAUUCUGGUAAACCUGUUUAAUCAAACUGUUACACGUUUUUAUUGUUUACAAUGGCAAAUGUCAGCUACAUAGACAUAUAGUUUGUAAGAAAACAUUAUACAAAAGUACUUUUAGCUUUCACGAAUGUACUUGCAACGCAUACAGGAUGUUGUUUAAAAUAUUUUAUGUUCUUAGAAGCAUUUAAAUAAAGCACAGCAUAAAAAUCUUGA